UUCAUCGUGGACUGCAAUGACAAUGCUCCAAACAUCCUUUACCCAGCUCUGGCAUCUGACAACUCGGCCCUUUUUGACAUGGUCCCUACACUGGCCGAGCCUGGUUACCUGGUCACCAAGGUGGUGGCAGUGGACGCUGACUCGGGACACAAUGCCUGGCUGGCCUACUACGUGCUGCAGGCUACAGAUCCAGGGCUCUUGAGUCUAGGGCUUCGCACAGGCGAGGUAAGGAUCACCAGGGCUUUGGCUGAUGAAGAUGCAGCUCUGCACCGGCUUCCGGUCUCCGUGCAGGAUGGUGGACAGCCCCGUUGUCAGCCACUGUGGUUUUGCACUUGAUCUUUGCAGACAGCAUGCAGGAAGCGCUACCCGAAAUGAGG